AUGGACCGAGUCAGAGCUCAGUAUCAACAGGAUAUUCAACACAUCCGAGGACGAAUAGAACCCGACGGAUAUAGGAGGAAAUACAGCAGGGGGCAGUAUAAUAACAGCCCAUUCACUACCGAAAUACUAAGUGUUGUCUUCCCAGAGGACUUUGACUCGGCACGUUUACCGAAAUAUGAUGGGAGCCAAGAUCCGCAGGUGCACAUAGAUGCCUUUGACACGGAUAUGUAUAUUCGGGGAAUUGAUGAACCUCUCAUAUCCCGAAUAUUCGCUGUAACAUUGACAGGGGCAGCGCAGGCAUGGUUUUCAACCUUGCCUGCUAAUUCUAUCGGAUCCUUCGAGGAGUUUGGACAGAAGUUCUUGCUGAAUUUUGCAACCAGCAAGAAGCAUCCCAAGUCCGAGUUCGCUCUUGGAAAGAUACGACAGCAACCUGGAGAAAUCCUCCAGAAAUACCUUAACCGGUUCAAGGAUGCUACGCUGCAGGUCCCAGGAUUACAGGAGAAUGUCCACGUCCAUCUCAUUGUUGCAGGUCUGGACGGCGGAUCCAGACUUGCCAAGUCGGUCUAUAAGGACCCUGUAAAAACAUUGGAGGAGUUUAGAACUCGCUCGAACAAAUACCUUGAACUAGAACAAAUGGAGAUUGCAAAUGUGCAAUCUGAUGAAGUCAACAGAACAAGCCCAAGAAGGAAGAGUCCACCCCCGAUGGGAAAAGAACGAAUUGACAGUAAGAAGAAAGACCAGCGCCAACGGAUCCCGGACAUGAGAGAACGCAUUGGAAGGUACGAUAAGUAUACGCCUUUGAAUGCGUCGCGCUCUCAAAUUUGGAGAGAAGUAGCCACGACGGAGAUGAAAAAGGUGGAGAGACCUCGUCCCAUAUUCGACAGAGGAGGAUUAGAUAAAUCCAAAUACUGCGCCUUUCACGAUGGGCCAGGUCACACCACUGAUCAGUGCUGGGAUCUCCGAGACGCGGUGGAAAAGUUUGUGAGAGACGGUAGAUUACGUCAGUAUGUGAUAAAAACUCAAGGUUCCAAGAAGAACAAAAGGAAGCUGGGGAACAGGAACCGAAGCAAAAGCCCUGCUACUGAAAAGAAGAAUAGGCAGGAUAAGAAUCAGAAAAAUGAUCCCAACUAUGAUGAAUUCCCUGAAGUGGAAUUUGAUUGUAAUGUGAUUAGUGGAGCAUUGGGAGGUGGAGGAGAUACUGUAAGUGCUAGAAGAAAGUACUUGAAGGAGGUACUCUCCAUUCGUGAUCAUCCCAAAUUCAAGGAAGACUCAACCAAGCCAGAUCCACCUCUAUUAUACUUUACGAAGGAAGACAUGCGCGGGGUGCUGCCCGGUCAUGUUGACGGAUUGGUAAUCGCAGGGACCCUGGUAAACUGCCGGGUCAGGAAGAUCUUCGUAGACGCAGGAAGUUGCGCCGACAUCAUACUCUGGGACGCUUUUAAGAAGAUGAACCUGGAUGAAGAGGACCUCAAACCUUGCAGAACGACGUUGGUAGCCUUUAACGGAGAACAUACGCCUCUUAAAGGUUACAUUGAUCUCAGAUUAACCUAG